GUUUGACAACUGCCAAAAAAACAUAAAGAAGAAGGAGUGCCGUAAGCUAGCUGUAACAAGAAGUUGCUAACCUAUUUGUGAGGUUUGAUAAAGCAUAAUAGAGAAAAGUAACGUUGCGGAGAGAUAAGUUACCGCUGACAGUAGGUCAUGCAGCGCUCUAAAAGGUAAUGAGCCGUAAAGCCACAGGGUCUCGGCUCAGCGGCGCCCACAAACUGCGGCCACACUGGAACGACUGGCAGUCCAGAGUUAACAGUGUGUCAUCCAGCCAGGACGAGGUGAAGUCUAGAGAGUUUGGUUCAGGACCACUGUACGACGUGUUGGCCUCCAGUUGCCCUGAACAGCCAGCAGUGCCCAGUAAUGUCUAUGCUGCUGCAGAUACCCAUCAGGAAGAGGGUGGAUAUGAAGCUGGUCAAGGUGUCUGUGAUACUACGUUUGAUUGGAAGUCGCUGGGGCAAGAGCUGAGGCCAGAUGACUUGACAACGGAUUUGAUUCCUUUUAAGCAUGGAAACCGUGCUCUAGCUUCAAAGGACAUGAGGAAAUCGCAGGACAGAGGAAUGGCUCACUCAGAGGAGUCUCGACUGGCCAACCUCCUGCGCCGAGUCUCCAGGGAAGAUGAUCGUGACCGGAGGCUGGCUACAAUCAAACAGCUGAAGGAAUUCAUCAGCCAUGGCGAGAGCAGAGGGACUCUGGUCAAACAAUUGGACACCAUCCUUAGCACUCUGAAUGACAUUUUAAAUGAGAGCAGUAAGAUGCUGUGGGAGCUGCGUCAGGAUGCUGCAGCCUGCCUUGGUAUCCUGUGCACCGUACUCAGCUAUGAGGCAGAGCGCAUCUUCAAGUGGCUCUUUGUCAAGUUCAAUUCAAGCAGUCGUGAUGAGGUGAAGCUGUUGUACCUGGUGGCAGCACAGCGCGCUUUGGAGGCUGCUGGGGAAAGGAAGGCCUUUUCUCACAUUAUGCAGAUGGUGAUGAGCAAUCUGCAGUCCAUCCUUGAAAACGUGGACACUCCAGAGCUGCUCUGUCAAAGUGUCAAAUGUAUUCUUCAGGUGGCACACUGCUACCCACAUGUCUUCAGCACCAACUUCAGGGACACUGUGGACAUCCUGGUGGGUUGGCACAUUGACCACACACAGAAGCAGGCACUCACCCAGCAAGUCUCAGCCUGGUUACAGAGCCUGGAGCAGUUUUGGGUGGCCGACCUGACCUUCUCCACCACAUUGCUGGGACAGUUCUUGGAGGAUAUGGAAGCAUAUGCCGAGGAUCUGAGCCACGUGGUCUCAGGAGAGGUGCUCGAUGAAGAUAUCCCCCCUCCCUCAGUGUCGUUGCCCAAGUUGGCAGCCCUGCUGAGAGUUUUCAGCACAGUGGUCCGCAGCAUCGGAGAGCGAUUCAGCCCGUUCAGAGGACCUCCUAUUACUGAAGUCUACGUGACAGACGUUCUUAACCGGGUUCUGGCCUGUGUGACUGUGGCAAAGCAGGUGCAGUUCUCUGAGGCCGUUCUCACUGCAGGGAAUGAGUGUGUGGGUGUGCUGCUGGCCAGUGUAGAGCCCUGUGGGCAGCUGAUGGAUGCUGUCCUUGCCUACGGUCUAGACCAGCUGGACUGCUGCCAGGCCUGUGGCCCAGACUACAACCUGGCAGUGCUCAAUCUCCUCACUCUGAUUGUAGACCAGGUCAACACCAAGCUGCCCGUGUCCUUUGUAGAGAAGCUGUUGGCACCAGACUCUCAGCUGCUGAAGCUUCGCUUUCAUCAAGAGAAAGAGGUCAUGUCAGCUGUCCACGGCGUGUACCAGGCGCUGCUGAGCCUGAAAAACAUCCCAACACUGGAGGCAGCUUAUAAAAUGGUGUUGGGCGAGAUGGCAUGUGGUCUCAACAGCUUGAUGGAGACUUUGGGUCCCCUGGAACCAGGGACCCUCUGCCCUAAUAUCCAGCACCCUGCUUUUGCUCCCCUCACCCUACCGCCAGAAAAAGCCCAGUUCACCAUCAUCUUCAACCUCAGCACCUUUACCACCAUUGGCAACACCAAGAAUUCUCUGAUUGGGAUGUGGGCCUUGUCGCCGACAGUCUUUGCUCUUCUAAGUCACAAUCUGAUGCUGGUCCACUCUGAGUUGGCUGUCUACUACCCUGCUAUCCAGUACACCGUACUCUACUCCCUGUACUCUCACUGCACCAGGCACGAUCACUUCAUCUCAUCCAGCUUAUCGUCGUCUUCUCCCUCUCUGUUUGAUGGUGCUGUCAUCAGUACUGUAACCACGGCAACUAAGAAGCAUUUCAGCACACUGCUUAGUCUUCUUGGAGGUCUGCUGUCCCGGGAGCAUCUUUACCCCGAGGCCAGGAAACUGCUUCUCACCUGGGCUCAGGAGAUCUCUCUGCUGAUGAAGAAGUCGGACACCUACAGCCCCCUCUUUUCCCUGCCCUCUUUCAACAAGUUCUGCAGAGGGAUUCUGGCUAACGCUCUGAAUGAAGAUCAGAGUAUCUGCCUCCAGACCUGCCACACUUUACAGGUCCUUUCUUCAUCGCUGUCUACUGAGCUGCUGCAGAGGUGUACAGAUGUGUGCAGAGUGCAGUUGGUCCACUCGGCCAUGAGGGUGAGGCAAGCUUAUGGUAAACUUCUCAGGACAAUCCCUCUUGAUGUGGCUCUGAGUAACCACAGCCAUCCUGAAAUGAGGAAGAUCUCUCUGGCCAUUCGCCACCACAUGAGCCAUGCUCCGAGCAGCACUUUCCACCCCCAGGACUUCAGUGACCUUAUUAGCUUCAUCCUAUAUGGCGUCCUGCACCGUGGAGGCAAGGACUCCUGGCUGGAGCGCCUGUACUACAGCUGCCAACGCCUUGAGAAACAGGAUGGCCGUGGAAGUACUGAUGGUAGCAAGCCAGACGUGGUGACACGGGCACUGCUGAAAACAGAGGUGUUGCUAUGGCAGUGGGCAGUGUGGGAGGCUGCACAGUUCACCGUGUUAUCCAAACUCCGAACACCUUUGGGUCGAGCUCAGGACACCUUCCAGACCAUUGAAGGUAUGAUCCGGAGCUUGGCUGCACAGAGUCUGAACCCCGAGCAGGAUGUUGGAGCUUGGGCGGGCAGUGGAAGUGACAGUGAUGGUCACCACUUAAAUCAGCUCCGCCUCACUUUGCUGCUUCAGUACCUGGAGAACCUGGAGAAGCUCAUGUACAAUGCCUACGAGGGCUGUGCUAAUGCUCUGACAGCUCCACCAAAGGGAAUUCGGACUUUCUUCUACACAAACCGUCAGACGUGCCAGGACUGGCUGACGAGGAUCCGCUUGGCACUGAUGAGAGUUGGUCUUCUGUCUGGACAGCCAGCAGUAACUAUUCGCCAUGGGUUCGAUCUGCUUGCAGAGAUUAAAAACAGUGGCACUCAGGGUCCAGAGCUGGAGGUGCCCGUGGUGUUGCUUGUGGAGGCUCUGUUGGAGUUGCAUUGUCCCGAGGCCAUCCAGGGCUUGGCAAGUUGGAGUGCCUCAACUUCAGGCAAGAGUAUGGGCUGGUUGUCAUCGGUUGCGCUGCAGGCUGAGGGACGGUUUGAGAAAGCAGCCCAGGAAUAUCAAGACCAACUGUCUGCAGUUACAGGGAUGGACUGCAGCAUCAAAGGCUCUGACUCCUUCAUGCUCAAACUGUCCAGCAACACAAGCAGUCCAAAGCACUGUAGCAAUGGUGACAGCAGGAAGACGGUGUUACUGAAGUCGAGUGAGUGCUCUCCAGAGGUGCUAAACUUUCUGGCCAACAAAGCCUGUCAGUGUUAUGUGGCACUUUGUGACUGGGCUUCUGUUAAGGAGUGGCAGGCCACUGUCAGCACCCUCAAACAGAACUCGACCAAUCCAGUCAGCAUCAACCUGAAGACAGAUUUCAAUUACAUCCAUGCUUUGAGUCACUUUGAGGAGGGCGAUCUAGCAGAAUGUGGGGUUCAACUGGAGCUGCUGCCUGGAGAGGAUUACACCGCUCUUUCUGGCAGUAAGGACAAACUUGAUCUGAAAAGGCUCCUGCCCUCAAUGAGUCCAGAUCCAACUGAGCUGCAGAGAGCUAUCGAGGUGCAGCUCCUUCGCAGCGCUGUAAGUGCAAUGACCAAAGUCAGCGAGCAGCAGGAUCAGAGAGCAGCACCAAACUCAGAUACGUUGGUGCGUUGCUUGAAACAGACCGGACGGAUCUGCUUGGGUCCCCUUCGCCUGUCGACCCUCACCCUCUCUGAGACCCUGCCCACAUUUCCCACCCUGCAGCUCCACUCUACUGCCACCCUGGAGAAUGCUCUCACUGGACAAGAGGACUGCGUGAUUCCUCUGUGCAGUGAGGCUCUGAACUCCUGUAAGCAGCAGGAUGCCCAGCUGUUCCUUCAUGCCCUCAGAUACAGCACAUUUCAGAGACAACUCCUCCACAAACUUAAGGGUUACUCUUCUUCCACCGAUAGCCACCUAAUGGAGCUUUGUCUGACUGCUGUCAAAUUUGCCCGUAAAAAAGGCAACAUCACACUGGCAUCUCGCCUGCUCAGACAGUUCAGUGACACACAAACACAAGAAGAAGAGCAGGAAGAGCACCUGUGCAAGGCCUUCAGGCGUCUUAAUCUUGAAGGCACCCUGGGGGAGAAAUGGGGACCAGAGGUGGAGAUAGAAAAAGCCAAAGUCCUUUUCUCAGCAGGUCAGUCGCUGACAGCCAUGGAGAUGCUGAGCAAAGCCGCUCUGUCUUAUUGCCAUUUGGGGAAGAAUGAAGGCGCCGCCUGCCGCUCGCUGCUGACACUCUGCAAAUGGUUGCUGGCCGACUGGAAGGACAUGACGCCUCAGCUCAAACAGGUGGUAAAGAAAUCUGCAGCAGUGAACUCAUGCAGCGCUCUGGGCAGCAUGUCGGCUCUGAGCAGGAACAUUGCUGCUCUGCUGGAGCUGCCCCUGGAGGAUCAGGCCAUCCCAUCAGUCACUGCUGAGAUUUCAGUCAAUGUGGGUGUUGGAGAGCCAGACUUCGUGUUGGGUCAGCUGUAUCAGUUGUCCACCAGUCUGGCUCCAGAUGUGGCAAAGUCCUGGGCAGCCCUGGCCAGCUGGGCUUACCGCUGGGGCAGGAAGGUAGUCGAUAAUGCCAGCCAAGGGGAGGGACUGCCUCUUCUUCCUGGGGAAAAGAAGGAGAUAGAGGAGCUGCUGCCAGCAACAACAAGUGAAGAAGACAAGGACAUGAUCUUCAGUAUUCUGGGACAGGCCAUGUGUCGACCUACUGGUAUCCAGGAUGAGGAAAUGGCUCUGCAGCAGGAAGAUGAUGAGGAUGACAUGGUGGACGUGAUUUGGCGGCAGCUCACCAGUUCGUGCCCUUGGCUGGGGGAGGCCAGCCAGCAGGUUACAGAUGGUCUGAUCCGAGUUUGGAGACUGGUCGUGGACCGUAUCUUUGGUCUCUACCGCAUCUCCUGCCAGGCCUAUUUCACCUUCCUCAAGCUCAAUGCUGGACACGUCCCUGUAGAUGAAGAUGACCCCAAAGUGCUGCUUUCAUAUCACAGCAGCAAGCAGAGCAAUGAUGACGUAAUUGUCAUGGCAACGCUGCGUCUCCUGCGUCUCCUGGUGAAGCAUGCCGGUGAACUGAGAGAGGGGCUUGAGCUAGGCUUAGCUUCGACUCCUACGGCACCCUGGAGGGGUAUCAUCCCACAGCUUUUUUCGCGUCUCAACCAUCCGGAGGCGUACAUCCGACAAAGCAUCUGCAGCCUGCUGUGCCGUGUGGCCCAGGACUCCCCACACCUCAUCCUCUACCCUGCCAUUGUAGGCUCCCUCUCCCUGGGAGGGGAAGCUCAGAAUGCAGGGAGCAAACUGCCGUCAGCUCUGCCUACCUUCUUGGGGAGCAUACAAGGAGAGGACCUAGGUGUGGAUGAAGAGGAGCAGCUUGGGAGUGAUGAACAAGGCAGAUCAUCAGAAGAGCUGGCGACCUGUUCAAGUCAAGACCAAGCCAUGAUGCAGGACUGUUACAGCAAGAUUGUGGAGAAGCUGUCUUUAGCCAACCCUAGCAUGGUGCUGCAGGUCCAGCAGCUGGUGGGUGAGCUGCGCAGAGUCACGUUGCUGUGGGAUGAACUGUGGCUAGGUGUGUUACAACAGCAGCACAUGCACGUCCUACGCAAGAUACAGCAGCUGGAGGAUGAGGUCAAGAGAGUGCAGAACAAUAACACACUGCGCAGGGAUGAAAAGAUCGCCAUAAUGCGUGAAAAGCACUCCGCUCUGAUGCGUCCCGUGGUUUUUGCCCUGGAUCAUGUGUGCAGCAUCACAGCAGCUCCGGCAGAGACGCCGCAUGAAUCCUGGUUUCAGCAGACCUACGGUGAUGCCAUCACGUCUGCCCUGGAGCGUCUAAGAAACCCCGUAAACCCAGCUAAUCCAGCCAGUAGCUGGCUUCCCUUCAAACAGAUCAUGAUGAGCCUGCAGCAGCGUGCUCAGAAGAGAACCAGCUAUCUGCUGCAUCUGGACGAGAUUAGUCCCCGCCUGGUUUCCAUGACUACAACAGAGAUUGCUCUACCUGGCGAGGCAUCGGCAUUAGAUGCAGUGACCAUACAGAGUGUAGGGAACACCAUCACUAUACUGCCAACCAAGACCAAGCCAAAGAAACUGUUCUUCCUGGGCUCAGAUGGACACAACUACCCGUACCUCUUUAAAGGUCUGGAGGAUUUGCAUUUGGAUGAGCGCAUCAUGCAGUUCUUGUCAAUUGUCAACACCAUGUUCACCAAGAUCAAUCAGCAGGAGCAACCACACUUCCAUGCCCGACACUAUUCUGUCACGCCGCUUGGAACUCGUUCAGGGCUGAUCCAGUGGGUGGACGGUGCCACGCCCCUCUUUGGCCUCUACAAACGCUGGCAGCAGAGGGAGGCUGUGCAGCAGGCUCAGAAGGCCCAGGACUCCUUCCCACAGCAGCCUAUACCUCCAGUGCCCCGCCCCAGUGAACUGUACUACAGUCGCAUCGGGCCGGCUCUAAAGGCAGUGGGGCUGAGUGUGGAUGUGACACGGAGAGACUGGCCUCUCAGCGUUAUGAAGGAGGUUCUGAAAGAGUUGAUGGAAGCAACGCCGUCCAACCUUCUGUCCAAGGAGCUCUGGUGUUCCUGCACCACGCCGAGCGAGUGGUGGAGGGUCACUCAGUCCUACGCCCGAUCUACUGCUGUCAUGUCAAUGGUGGGAUACAUUAUUGGCCUUGGCGACCGUCACCUUGACAACGUUUUGAUUGACAUGACCACUGGAGAGGUGGUGCACAUCGACUACAACGUAUGCUUUGAAAAAGGGAAAAGCCUGCGAGUGCCAGAGAAGGUCCCAUUCAGGAUGACCCACAACAUCGAGAUGGCUCUGGGAGUCACUGGGGUGGAGGGCAUCUUCAGGCUGUCCUGUGAACAGGUGGUUCAGAUAAUGCGACGAGGCAGAGAGACCUUACUGACCCUGCUGGAGGCCUUCGUGUACGACCCUCUGGUGGACUGGACCGCGGGGGGAGAGGUAGGAUUUGCUGGUGCAGUGUACGGAGGGGGAGGCCAACAGGCUGACAGCAAAAAGAGCAAGCGGGACAUGGAGAGAGACAUCACGCGCUCUCUCUUCUCCUCCAGGGUGGCUGAGAUCAAGGUGAACUGGUUUAAGAAUCGUGACGAAAUGCUAGCGGUCCUACCACAAGUAGAAGAAGCCGUAGAAGAGUACUUGGUCCUGCAGGAGCUUCUCUGCCAAGGAGAGAAACGCCAAGCUAAACUACAAGAGGAGAGCGCCUUCUUAGAGGGAGCAGAGAACCACCCUGACCACGACAUCUUCACCCUGGAGCAAAGGUACUCUGAACAUACCCAGCUGCAGUCACGACAGCGGACCGUGCAGGAGGCCAUUCAGGGCAAACUGACUGAACUAGACCAGUGGAUCUCCCAGUACCAGGCAGCAUUCUCCAGCCUGGAGGCCACACAGCUCGCCAGCCUGCUGCAGGACAUCAGCAGUCCUAUCGAUCUUGGCCCUCCCAGCUAUGUGCCAGCUACAGCCUUCCUGCAAAAUGCAGGUCAGGCCCACCUAAUCAGCCAAUGUGAGAGCCUGGAGGCGGAGGUGAGCACCUUGCUGCAGCAGCGCCGUGGAGCCCUCCGCAGCUCCCUGGAGCAGCUUCACAGCUAUGCCACAGUGGCUUUGCUGUACCCACGGGCUACCCUAGUAUUCCACAGGGCCCAUCAGUGGAAGGCCUGGUUGGAAGAGCUGCUGAGAGACAUGACAGCAGAUCACUGCCAGCACAUCUACAGACAAUAUGAGUUGCUGUUUGCUCCACAACCUUCUGCUGCCUCCUGCCAGUUUCUUUCCAGUGUGGAAUUGAGUCUGCAGCACCAAGUGGCUGACACCAACGAGCGCGUGGUGCACCAAGCAGAGCGGCUGAAGGCUGAGGGCACCACAGUAGCAGCGUGUGAGGAGCAGCUGCAGGAGAUUGAGCACUGCAUCACAGUUUUCCUGCGGGAGAAUGGAGAGCCAGGUUCUCUCAGCCUGGCUGCAAUCAUCACCUCUGCCCUCUGCACACUCUGCAGACGCAACCUGGUGAUGGAGGGUGCAGCAACCAGCGCCGGGGAGCAGCUCGUGGACCUGACGUCUCGGGAUGGGGCGUGGUUUUUGGAGGAGCUAUGCAGUAUGAUUGGAAACAUCAAUGGGCUUGUAACACUGCUGCAACGCUGCCCACUCUUAACUCAUGACCUGGAGCUCCCUCCACCUUCAGCUACCACCCAGGUUGUUUACCUGGCCAGUGCUGUGUAUACGUGCUUGCAGGAGCUGAACACCAAUUUCCGUCAGAUCAUCUUUCCAGAGGCUCUGCGAUGUAUGAUCAAAGGAGAGCCGACUCUGGAGUCCAUGCUGGCAGAGCUGGAGCAGCUGGUAGAUCAGAGCUCUGAUGGUCUUGGCCUGCAAGGUUUGGCCGAUAGUUUGCAAACCGGCACAGGCCUGGACCACAACGGCCGUAACCACUGCCUCCACAUCACCAGAAUGCUGCGUGUGCAGUACUCUGAACUGAUCCAGCCUCAUAGCAUGGAUGGACAGGGCCAGGACACACCAAAGAUGUCUGCAGGUCAAAUGUUGUUGGUUGCCUUUGAUGGCAUGUUCACUCAGCUGGAGACGGCCUUUGGGCAGCUGACUGAAAAGCUGAGUUCUUUAGAGGUGCCGCCCCUGUGGAGAAAGGUGGAUGUUCUGAGGGAGGCCCGAGCCACACAGCUCCACUUCUUUGAUAGCCUGAAUCAGCGUCAGCUGAUGGAGGAAGUGUUCUUCAUCAAGAGACUGCAGACCAUCAGGGAUUUCUUCAGGCUGUGUUCCUCGUUUGCUCAGACUCUUUCUGGCACCUGCGCCCCAGCUGAGGAGCUGUUACCUACAAAUGGACCUGUUGGUUUGGGGAAGUCCCUGUACGGCCGGCCCAGCAGCACUGGGUCGGGUGCAGCAGUGGUCAGUGAGGAACAGAUGAUUCGUCCCAUCAAGGCCUUCACUGCUGAGUUUGUCCGGCAGAUGCUUAUGGGUAUGCCCAGCCAAGCCCUCAGUCUGGCCCUCUGCAGCACCCUCUCUGCCCUCGGUGUGGACAUUGUUGCUCAGGUGGAAGCAAAAGACUUUGGUGCAGAGAGCAAGGUUUCUCUGGACGAGCUCUGUAAGAAGGCAGUGGAGCAGGGGCUGACGUCAGGUCGAGUCUCCCAGCUGCUGUUGAACAGAGCCACAGUGCUGGUGUCGUCCUAUGACACAGCAUGGAAAAAAGCUGACCUGCUGAGGAGGCUGGAUAGCAACCUGGAAGCUGCCAAGGCCAGCCUGCAGAGGAGCCAGCUGCACAUCGCUAUGUUCCAGUGGCAGCACGAGGAUGUUCUGGGUCCCAGCAAUCAGCCUUUAAGUGUCAGCAUUCCUCCUCGUUCUGUGAUCCUCAGCAACAUGAAGAAGAAGCUGUAUAAGCUGAGUCAGGAUGAAGCAGCCAUCGUUGCCAUUCAGGAGAAGCUAGCGUCGCUGGAGGCUAGCAUCGAGCAGCGUUUGAAGUGGGCCGGUGGAGCCAACCCAGCACUGGCGCCUGUCCUGCAGGACUUUGAGAUGACCAUCAGAGAGAGACGCGCCAUGGUGGCCAGAGACAACCAGCGCACCAGCCAGGUCACAUUCCUGUGCUCCACCAUCCUCAACUUUGAAGGCCUUCGGACCCGAUCCCCCGAGGCUCUCAGCAUGGACGCAGCCCUGUUUGAACUGCUGAAGCGCUGCCAGCAGACGUGUUCGUACGCGGCCCAGUUUAGCAGCACGGUGUCUGCACUGGAACUCCAGCUCCUGCACAGACUGAGUCCAGUGCUAGACCUGCCUAUAGGCAGUGUGGAGUGGCUCAGCUGUGCCCAGAGGCAGCUGGAGGAGGAGCUAAACAUGGAGCAGAGGAAUCAGGAGGAACGGGAGCAGCAGCUGGAAACCUGUGGAGAAACACUGCAGCUGCUGGUGGACUCGAUCAAAACCAUUCUCUCUAAUCACAACCGCCAUUUAGCUGACGUCAAGCACCUGCUGAGGGCCAUGGCCAAGGAUGAGGAGGCAGCGCUGGCAGAUGGUGAAGAGGUGACAUACGAGGGCAGCGUGCGUCACUUCCUGUUGGAGUACAAAGCUUGGCAAGACAACAUCCAGUUAGUGCUGUUCACUGUUGUCCAGGCCAGUGGACAGCACCUCAGCCAGGAGCAGCUCGAACUACUGGAAGAAAUCCCCAGUACUCUGAAAGAGCUGCACUCACAGAGCCAGAGCGUCUAUAACGGCCUGGUGGGCUUUGCCUCCCCACUGGUGACCGACAGAGACACUGAGUGCUCCAGUCCUGUUUCUGCAGCACAGUCGAGCUUUGCAGCAGCUGUCAGAUGCAGUGGGGUGAAAACCCAGCCAGACUCGAUGUCCCAGAAUGCACGCAAGGCUCUCCCACGCAACCUGGGAACCCCGACCGAUACCCCGCCCAGUACUCUAGUGAGCAGUAAAGGUCUCAACUCCAGCCCCAAGAGGGCUGUACGAGACCCCAAAACAGGACGAGCGGUCCAAGAGAGGAACUCCUACGCGGUCAGCGUGUGGAAGAGAGUGAAAGCCAAACUGGAGGGCCGAGACAUCGAUCCCAACAGGAGGAUGAGUGUCUCCGAGCAGGUGGACUUUGUUAUCAAGGAGGCUACCAACAUGGAUAACUUGGCCCAGCUGUAUGAGGGCUGGACUGCAUGGGUGUGAACGCUCUGCUGCUUCAUGUCUGGUCCAGCGAAGGCUUGGAGAUCCACCAGAGUCCAGCGGGACUUGGGUGUCAACACAGCAGUACCAGGCCAUACUAGGGGAAGAAUAUGGGACGUGGAUGCUUAGUCCACCCUCCCGCACCCCUGGGUACCCAAACUGGGGCAGCAACCUCGUAGCAUUGCUGCAACCACACUCCCCCCAACAAUGGGUGAUUGGGCUAACACGGCACUUGGUGCGCCUGCUGACCGGCCUUCCUUUUUGGGGUCUGAGUGGGCAUGGUGGCACCAGGAGAGGAAGGAGGGAAGGAAGGCAACAGCCACCUCACCCUCAACUUGAAAAUACCUUCCCUCUCUCACCUACAUUGCUGACUGUCAAGUUGUACCUAUAAACAUCACUGCAUCUUUUUGUGGCUGUCAGAGCCCAGCAGAGGGCGGGAUGAAGCGAGAGGUGAGCCGUUUUCCUCCGGAGCACACAGCUGGGACUUUACUGUGGCUGAAACUCAGUGGACGGUUAGACGGCUUACACGGCUACGCGUUUUUCUCUCAACUUUUGGCAUCAUCAUCCUGAGCAGCCAGUGGGUAACACUGUGAGGGAGGACGGAGUGAAAUGGGGGUUUAAAAGACUCUAUUUCAAUCCAGCUGCGAGCACGGUGGAAACGUAAUAAUCAAACUUUGCUUUGGUUGUUAAAAAGAACAAACUUGACUCUGAAGUGCUGUUAGAUUUCACCGAAUAAAAGAUGAAGUAGAAUUGUUUUCUCAGGAGGUCUUUUCUGUUUUUUGUGGUUGCAGCUGAAACACCCUGUCAUGUUCGUUUCAGGUGGCUGUGAGUCAGCUGAAGGGAAAACCUCUGCUUGAUUUUCUUCAGUGUGGAUCUUUAAUCUGUGUUGUGCUUUACUAUCAGUAGGAUUAGAUUUCUGCCUUUUUCCAACUUGCCUGUCUCGAGCUGCUUGCAUCAUGUACUUACACCCCAAGCCGCAAUGCUUGCGUUUUAUGAUUUUGGACCUUCUAGUUUUACAUUUUUAUUGGGAGAAAUGUUGUUUUUGGUGAUGGUGAAACAUGUUAAUUCUUAAAGCUUUUAUUGGAUUUUGUUGGAUGCCAAAUAAACGUGGAACAGAGA